ACAAAGUGCAGCACUUUAUUGUGUGCACUCCCAAGUCACACACUGGUCCAUGGUGCAUUGUCGUAGUAAAGGUCGGAACGGUCCAGUCAGGUCGCUGCUGUCGCGACGACCGGAGUCAAGCUGGACAGGGCCGCUGACACGAUGUUUUCCUGCUGUGCGUGCUUUGUCAGUCUGAGGGAAAAAUGUCCUCGACCGCAUGGACUCAUCAACCUGCUCAUCACCAAAGCGUGCAUGUUGGCGCUGCUGUUCGGGGUGCUGUGGGCGGUGACUGGGAAGGAGUGUUUGCCAGGAGGCAAAGUGUUUGGUAUCAUCAUCAUCUUCAUCAGCGCCGUGUUGGGAGGAAGACUGCUUGGACUGGUCCGCCUGCCCCACCUUCCCCCCAUUCCACCUCUACUUGGCAUGCUGCUGGCGGGCCUGGUACUGAGAAACGUUCCGUACGUAACAGACGCCGUCGCUGUGGACGCUGCUUGGUCUGCAGCUUUGAGGAACAUGGCGCUGUCUGUCAUCCUGGCCCGAGCCGGUCUAGGUCUGGACCCUGCGGCGCUGCGUCGUCUGAAGGCCGUGUGCGUGCGUGUGGCUGUCGGGCCGUGCGUGAUGGAGGCAUGUCUUGUUGCCGUGGUUUCUCACUUCCUGUUGAAGCUGCCUUGGGCAUGGGGUUUCAUGCUGGGGUUUGUUCUGGCCGCCGUCUCUCCGGCCGUAGUGGUUCCCUCCAUGUUGCUGCUCCAAAAAGAAGGUUACGGAACCGAGAAGGGCAUCCCAACCCUUCUGAUGGCUGCUGGCAGUUUUGAUGACAUUUUGGCCAUCACAGGCUUUUCCACCUGUCUCGGCGUGGCCUUCUCCACAGGUUGCACCUUCUGUUCAGAACUGGCCAUGCCGGGUUCUGGCCUCCAUUUAGUCUUUGUGUGUCUUUCAGGGACCACGUGGAUGAACGUUCUGAAGGGUCUGCUGGAGGUGGUGGGAGGGAUCGUCUCAGGUCUGGUCGUGGGCGUGUUCUUGUGUUUGUUCCCCAGUGUGGAUCAGGAGGACUUGGUUAUGACCAGGACCUUCUUCCUGUUGGCGUUCUCCAUCUUCUCGGUCUUCUUUACUCAUGUAAUCGGAUCUUCCGGCGCCGGCGGUCUGUGCACGUUGGUUCUGGCCUUCUUGGCCGCCGUGGGUUGGGGCGCUGACAAGGCAGCUGUGGCAGCCAUGUUGGCGAGGUGUUGGGACGUGUUCCAGCCCCUCCUCUUUGGCCUGAUUGGAGCAGAGAUCACCAUAGCAACACUCAGCAUCAGCACUGUAGGUUUAGGCAUAGCCGUGAUAAUCCUCGGUCUGCUGGUGCGACUCCUCGCCACAUUUGUGUUGGUGCAUUGUGCCGGCUUUGUGCUAAAAGAGAGGCUUUUUAUCGCCAUUGCCUGGCUGCCUAAAGCCACUGUGCAGGCUGCUAUUGGCUCCAAGGCUUUGGACACGGCCAGAGACGAGGGCAAUGAGGCCAAAAUCCAGUUUGGUUUGGAUGUGCUAACAUUAGCCGUGUUAGCCAUCUUGAUCACUGCCCCCAUUGGAGCGCUGGGCAUCGGCCUGGCAGGUCCACGCCUCCUGACACGACAGGUCAAAGCGUCUGAGACGGGGGGCGGAGUUACAUCCCAGAGCGUUCAAGACCCUGUGAUCUUUGAGAGCAGGCUUUGAUGACCUCUUUGAUCUGUGAUGCUGCUGUUGACAUUUUUCAUUCAUCAAGUGUUUCUGAAACUUUACACUUUUUAGAACAGCGGUGUCGAACUCAUUUUAGAUCAUGGGCCACAUGGAGAAAAGUCUACUCCCAAGUGGGCCGGACUGGUAAAAUCAUGGCAUGAUAACUUCGAAAUAAAGACAACUUCAGAUUGAUUGCUUUGUUUGAAAAUAGAACAAGCACAAUUGUACAAAUCAUAAUGUUAUUGGGUUUUUUUUUACAUUUACAUGUUGCGGUCAAUAAUUUAU